UGACGAUGGGUUUCUUUGACGACAUCCUCAUCCCUCCCGAGUCUCUUCAGCAGCCGGCUAAGUUCGAUGAAGCCGAGCAGGUUUGGGUCUGGGAGUACGAGACGGACGAGGGCGCACACGACCUCUACAUGGACCAGGGAGAGGAGAUCCGGUUUCGGGUGGCAGACGAAGUUUUCGUGGACACGUCGCCGACGGGCCCAACCGCCCCCGCCUCCAACGCACCGGCACAACCAGGACAGGCGACGGCGCCGCAGGUGGAGGAGAGCGGGGAGAAGAAGGAGGCACCGUACACUCUGAUCGGGACCAUCUGUGACCCAGGGUUGGGUCUGCUGUCGUGGUGGAACAGUUAGCAUCACAGAAGAAGAAGAGAUUGUUUGUUGUGUCUGUAAACAGGCGGAGCUCUGCAGCCGAACUGAGACACAGAGAGACGGUCCACAGAGGACCGUGUCCUGAGACACAGAGCUGCAGUUUGCACCAAGUUAGUCCGGUGUAGAAGACACAGACUGAUUGAAACAUCAGCUCAAAAUACACCAGCAGGGUGUUUACAUGUGUCAUUGGCUUUUAUAAAUGUUUUUAUUAACUAAACAAGGGUGAGAAAUUCCAGAAACUAAUCAGGUCUUUAAUCAUUUCAUUGAAGAAAUUUUACUGCCUCGAAAUUUAUGUUUUUUMAAACAAUUAAAAACAACUUUACUUGCUGUGUAAGAAUAUAUAAUUUAAAAUAACAGUACAAGAAAACAAUUCUUUGAUUUGAAGGACAUGUUAUAUUUGUAAGAUUUGUUGCUUUACUCAAGAUUCAAUGGAGCAUACAAAGUUUAUUUAUCAGCCUGUAUUUGUACAGUAGUUUUCUGUCUCAAUCUGCAGUAAAACAUUUUUUUCACCAGA